GUGUCGGCUUGGUUUGGCUAUUGGCACUUGAACAGGUCUUGCUUUACAUUAGCUAUUGCAUCUCAAGAGUCCUCGAUCACCAUGCCUCGCAUCCGGAUGCUCCUGGCCGCUGGCCUCCUUGCCCUCACCGGUGUCGACGCCAAGGACAAGAUCCAGUUCUCCAAGUUCCUCAAGGACACCUGCGACGACCACCCCCUCGGAAACCUGAUCGACCUCAAGAGGAAUGAGUGCAAGACUUUCCAAGCAGGCAGCAUCCGCAUCCACCCGCACUCGAAGACCAAGUACAACAAGUGGAUCGACAGCGUCAACAUGGGCAAGGACGAGUGCUUUGUCACCUUGUACGAUGCACCCGGUUGCCAUGACUCUGACGGCCAUGAAGACAUCUCCGUGCCGCGCAGCUUCGAGGGCUGCACUGCCACUGACGAGGUCAUCACCUCGGUCAAGUUCUGGUGCCGCCCCAACUCUGAAUGGUCCGGCAGCGCGUACCCGCUCACUACGACCAUAUCGCACACCUCCUACUCAUUGGGCGCUGACGGCGUCGCGCAUCCCUCCGUGUACAGCACCGUCGCCGUGGUGAGCCGCUAUUCCUACAAGAACCCACCACCGGUCGCACGCGGCGAGCCCACCGGCCAUCCCACCCUCGAGCCCCGCAAAAAGAAGCAGUACAAUGUCAAGGGCGUCUGGAUGAAGCAUCCUUGGGCAGGCUCGGACAUCUGCUACAUGUGCUGGACCAAGAAGGAGUACGACACCGGCGCGUUCCUCUGCCGCUCCGGACCUAAGUACCCCGUCGACUGCGGCCCAAAGCCAGCACAGGUCCCGUUCACGAGCAGCACGACUAUCACCUCCACUUCUACCUUCGAGUUCUUCCACACGACGGACGGCUUCUACGUUUCUCCUACGACAGUGACCACUACACUCUCGGCGGACCCUUCCACUACGACGGACGCCGUUUCUCCUGUGACGGCGACCACCACUACCUCAGCUUCCACUAUCACCGUGACCGCCGAUACCGCCACAACCGCCACAGACGCGGUAUCUAAGCGCUCCCCGCAUAAGCCCGUCAUCGUCGAGAAUCCCUACCACUCUGGACUGUUCGUCUGCGCCGACGCCGAGUGGGAGAAGGCGGGCAAGGAGAAGGCUGAGGUACGCAUCCAGAAGAUCAAGGACCUGGACAAGUGCCGCGACAAUCCGCUUUCGAUCAACUUUGGCCGCGCGUACGCUACGUAUACGGCGAUGGCGUCGACGACGGUUACGCGCACUGUGGAUGCGCGUCCGGCGUGGGCUCUGCCGCCGUUUUAGGUCCGGCAGCCGGGUGAUGCUUAGAUGCUGCUGGGUGAAGGGUUGCUUGGCUAGAGACGGCGCUAGAAGAGGGCGUGUUGUUUCGGGGUCGUGAAUGCGAAGGGUUGUCUGCUGGGUUCGUUGAUGGUUGUGGUUCAUUGCUUGUUGGCGUGUUGUUACUGUUUGUUUUGUUUCUCUGCUCUUUCUUCUUGCGGCACCGUUUACCGUUGAUAGCUUUUUCUGUAAUCGUAUAACACCUUUAAUUAUAACACUACGCCCGCGACAGCAGCGGUACCUAGGUACCAAUCAGCGGGCCGAUG